AUGGGGAAUGCACGUUCGCAUUCAACACAAAUAAUCUCGAUGAAAACAAGUUAUCUAAAAUAUAAUAGUAGGAUCGUGUCAAGAUAUUAUUCGGUUCAUAUGUGAAAGAUGAGUGUAAAUAGUGCGAUUUGAUUGAUUUCCUAGUAUUAGGAAAUUUGUGCUCCUUGUUUAGUGAAAAUGAAUGGCAAAAUGCAUAGUGAAACCGGCGCUUUCUCAUCUGACGGCAUGCGCGCCGAAAUAUUGAACCCUUUUGUGCAUAAACUGGAAUUAGAUAACACAUAUGAUAAAAUAAAGACGGCGAUAUUCACAGUGAUACUGCUGCCUUUCCGAGUGAUCGUCAUUUGUUACCUAAUAGUGACCGCCUGGUUCCUCGCGUGCAUCGGCCUUUAUGGCCUUAGCGAGGAAGACUUGAGGCGGAAACCUAUGACAGGAUGGAGAAGCAAGCUCCGCUUUUCCAUCCUCUCCCUGAUGCGCCUGGUGGUGGUGAUCGCCGGUUUCCACCGCGUCAAGAUCCUGGGCGCCAAGCACGCGCCCAGCGACCACCGCGAGGCGCCCGUGGUCGUGAUGGCGCCACAUUCGAGCUUCUUUGACGCCAUCGCUAUCGUGUGUCUUGGCGCGCCGAGUGUGGUCGCUAAAGCGGACACGGCCAGGCUGCCGUUCAUUGGACAAUUGAUAAACUACACCCAACCUGUGUACGUCUGGCGAGAUGACCCCAACUCCAGGGCCAACACCAUCAAAGAGAUUAUCCAGCGGGCGACCUCUAAGGAAGAUUGGCCUCAGAUCCUGAUCUUCCCAGAAGGAACCUGCACGAACCGCUCCUGCCUCAUCACCUUCAAGUCCGGCGGCUUCUACCCAGGUGUACCAGUCCAGCCGGUCACCAUCCGCUACCCCAACGCUAGGGAUACCGUCACCUGGACCUGGGAAGGACCUGGAGCAUUGAAGCUGCUCUGGCUAACACUGACACAAGUCCACAGCUCUUGUGAGAUCGAGUUCCUACCCGUGUACUACCCGAGCGAGGAGGAGCGACGGGAUCCCAAGCUGUACGCCAGGAAUGUACGCGAUGUUAUGGCUAAAGCUCUCGGGGUUCCAGUGCUGGACUACACAUACGACGACUGCCGCCUCAUCGCCAAAGCCAAGCAGCUAGGGAUCCCAAGCGCCCCCUCUGUGCGGGAAGUGGCUGAGUUGAGGGCACAACUCGGGUUGGAGCGGUCCCAGAUCGAGCUGCACCUGAUCUCGCAGGGCGCCGCGCGGCGCGCGCGCUGGCUCGGCGCGGAGGAGUUCGCGCGCCGCCUCGGCCUGCAGCCCGGCGACGCACAGCGGCUCGCACAGCUGUUCAUACAGCCUUCGAGCGGUCUGAUCUACUUCCCCGACUACCUGCUGUGCGCAGCGUUCCUGAUGACGCAGCACGCGCCACUCACACAACUCCUGUCUUACGCUUUCAAGCUAUACGACAGCACCGGCACGGGUCGCGUGAACGCAGCAACAUUCGAAGAGAUCGCGGGCCGCUGCCUCGGGCUGUGCCAGGAGGACGCACACAACACCUUCGGCCAGGCCGACCUGGACGAGAAGGGCUGGCUCACUUACGAUGAGUUCAUCGCUUUCGCCCAAAAGAAGUCUUUCUUCUCGUUCCUAUUUACCUGCGAGUCCGCACCGAAGCCGAAAUCCCAGUGAUCCGAACUGACCACCGUCACCGUCGCCACCGUCUCCGGGCAGGUCGACAGCAUGGCGUGAUCUGACUA